UGUUGCUGUUGCAGCCAAACAGGCACGAGGGCAGGAACAGCUCCGCAUAAUUCAAGCUCAACCGUUGGGCACAGAGCAAUUAGCUGCAGCAUUGAUGCUCCUGGGUCGCAGUCCUGGGAGUCCUCGUCGUAGCGUCAUCGGCUCGGAGGAAUUCGCCAAGGCCGAGCGCUCGAACUUCUUCGGGCGUCGGCUGGCGCGCUUCCUGCGCCGCUCCUCGGCUGUAUCCGUGGCGGUCGAUCAGCCCAGCCAUGUGCAGAGCGUUCGAGGCGGCACGUCCUCCGCGGCCACGCUGCGACGCACGUCGACGCAGCCAGAGAUGGCCAUUGGAGCCGUGGAUCCAGAGAUCGCCUUCAACGUUCACAAGGCGCACAGCUUCGGCGUGUGCACGCGCAACGGCGCCAGACUGGGCAACGAAGAUCGCUUCCGCGCUAUUGACAACCUGGAUCUGUAUGGUCGUGGCUUGCUAGAGGUGGCGCCGCGCUCGGUGCCUCCGUUCUUUGGAGAUUUGCUAAAGGGGCGCGUGCUCGAGAACUUCGUGGUGGAAGGCCGUGCUCCGGCGCUUAAGGUCCGAAAUCUGCUGAAACACGGCCGGGCGAGCGAGGAUACACAAUUCUUUGGCGUUUAUGACGGACAUGGUGGAGCGAGAGCUUCGUCGCUUUUGGCACUGCUGUUUCCCGUGUAUAUUCUUGCAGCUCCAGAGUACAAGAGCGACUUGGCCGCUGCAUGCCAUUCCGCCAGUAUGGCGAUUAAUGAGGAGAUUUUAAAGCGCGAGAAGGACGGACAUUGUGAAGGAGGCGCUACAGCCGUAACACUGUUGAUUCGAGGCAAUACAUUCGUGCUGAGUAACACUGGAGAUUGUCGAGCCAUUAUGGUGGCAAAGAGAGAUAAAGUGGCUCAAGUAACGCAGCUGACGACGGAUCAUAAAGCCUCGAAUGAUCAGGAGAAGCUACGCAUUGAGGAACAAGGAGGGAUGGUGCUCUAUGUGAAGGGCGUAGCUCGUGUGAAUGGGCGUCUGGCAGUCGCACGAGCGUUCGGAGACGCCGAGCUGAGUCAACUCGUCAUCGCGGACCCGGAAGUCACAGUUCACGAGUUACAUCGAGAAGAUGAGUACAUUGUAAUGGCGUCGGAUGGCCUGUGGGACGUACUGACGAAUGAGCAGGUGGCCUCUUGUAUCAGGUGAGACGAGAUUGGAUAGUUCUGGCUGAGAAGUCGAGGCAACUGGACUGACUUUUGAUUUGUGUUUGAUAUCCAUCAGGAACAAUCCGUGGCUCAACGUCCAGGAAAUGGCCAGCAUGUUGGCAGACCGCGCCGUGGAGCUCGGCACAAUGGACAAUGUGACAGUGGUGGUGGUGGACGUACGCGGCAGAAUACCCUGAGGGCGAUAUCCCAGUUGCUAGCAGCACAGAUUCUGUUAUUUAACAUGAGAGGCUACAUCCUCCAGCAAUCGGAUGAAAGGGUGGGUUUGCAUGCUCACGUUGAAGCUGCAGUUCUGAGUUGACAAAAAAAAUUGUACUUGCACCCCUGUACUGAGUUAAAAAACAAAUAAUACUCUACGGUGCUAGCGUAAAUGCUGUCAGCUAAAAGCGAUCAACAUGUUCAGGAAACGCUAAAGCUAUUUAA